UAGAAUUCCGACGAAUUGAAUUCGAAGCAACCAGUUUUUAUUUUUUAUGUUUUAAUUCACCUGCUGUAAAUAUGUAAUAUUAUGCUAUUUUAAUUUUAAAACUUUUAAAACUUAGUCUUCAGUUAGCAGUGGUGGAGCCGACCCGUGUAUAAUAAAUGUCUAAUACACAAAUUUACUUGUACCAACGUCCAACGACAUCUACAUAAGAUUUAUAUUUUAAAUAUUUUACGAAACUACAUUAAAUUAUACUUUUUUACUUUAAAGUAUUUAAUCGAUCAUCAGCUGUUCGGAUUUCAGACCGUAGGGGUAUAGGAUGAUAAUUAUUAUUUGAUUACUAUGCUAAUUACAUUAGUCUAGUAAUAUUAAAAAAAAAAAAUAAGCACCGCCUACCAUAGGCUAUCUAAAUAUAAUCUAAAUAACUACUUAUCUGGUUCUGACAGUCACAACAGCUGAUCGAUUAAUGACCUCGUUAUCAUUCGAUGGAUUAUCAUUUAUUAGUAGUAUUCACUUGUUAAACAAAAUAAACAAAAGUCAGUAACAAAUAACAAUAUUGAAUAUAUUCCACGGACAUUGUAGUAAUCUGUGAUAGUCACCAGUCACUAUUCACCAUAGUCGUCAGUCGGUCGUACAUCUGAUAUUAUUGUUCAGUUCAGCUUCGAAGGAUUUAUUGUGUGGUGCGCAUACUUUUAACGUUUUCUACUCGGAACGACGACGUGCCUGUCGUAGAAGCUUUUUCAAACUUGAAAUGGCGACAAAAUUAAAAUACUUGUGUUCAAAAUGUAUACAAUCCAAAUUGUACACUAAUUAUUUAAAUUUAUCCAGAAACUUGAGUGUAUUGACCCAUGGCCUUCAUAUAAAAGAUUCUGUUCACCAACGUAAUUUCCAGACUUCACCUAAUUAUUGGAAUGCAGAAACCUCCGGGACAGGACGCAAGGGUGAUAAUACAGGCCACACGGGAAUACUUUGUCCAAAGUGUCAAACAGCCAAUUUAGAGUUUUUUUUAACUUCUAAUCGAUUUUUGAGAUGUCAGCGAUGUGAUCAUAUAUUCAAAGUGAUAUCUGCCGAAGAAAAUAAUUUAAAAGAUGUAACAGAAGAGCAUAAUAAAUUUAAACCACCACCAAUUCCAAAAGAAAUUUUUGUAAACCUUAAUAAGUAUGUGAUUGGCCAAGAGCUAGCUAAGAAGGUGUUAGCUGUGGCAGUGUACAACCAUUGUAAACGUAUUAUUCAUAAUAUUACAGCGCCACAAAAGAAUGAUUUAAUUGAUCAACGGUUACUAGAUAAUUUACAAAAUUCAAGAGAGCAUUUUCCUAACAAUCAUAUAUUUGGAAUGCCACAAGUGGAUAGUACAAAAAACAGCCAAGAAGAAAUUAAAAUUACUUCAUCAUUUGAAAAUACACUGUUAGAAAAGAGUAACAUCAUAUUGUUGGGGCCUACUGGCUGUGGAAAAACGUUACUGGCUCAAACAAUAGCUAAACAAUUAGAUGUGCCGUUUGCAAUUUGUGAUUGUACAAAUUUGACACAAGCUGGUUAUGUGGGAGAAGAUAUUGAAAGUGUAAUUGGGAAGCUUUUACAAGCUGCAAAUUAUGAUGUUGAAAAAGCUCAAACUGGAAUUGUUUUCUUGGACGAAAUUGAUAAAAUUGGUGCUGUUCCUGGAAUUCAUCAAUUAAGGGAUGUUGGAGGUGAAGGAGUCCAACAAGGAAUGUUAAAAAUGUUGGAAGGUACUGUUGUUAAUGUACCAGAAAAAAAUACAAGAAAACUUCGAAAUGAAACCGUACAAGUUGAUACUACUAAUAUACUGUUUGUUGCUUCUGGCGCAUUUACUGGUCUUGAUAGACUUAUAAGUCGCAGGACAAAUCAAAAUAGUCUAGGAUUUGGUGCAGAGAUUGAUAGUGAAAUGGGAAGUAGAAGAGCUGCUGCUGAAGCUGAUCGUGUUGCUUCAACAGCUUCAUAUACUGAUAUUGAAAAAGAAAAUGCUGAACGAGAUGGGUUGUUAAAAAAAGUCGAACCAAGAGAUUUAAUUCAAUUUGGAAUGAUACCUGAGUUUGUGGGAAGGUUUCCAGUUUUGGUCCCAUUCCACUCCUUAAAUAGAAAUUUGCUAGUACAAAUUCUUACUGAGCCGAAAAAUAGUACAGUAAAACAGUUCAAGUUACUAUUCAGCUUAGAUAAAGUUGAAUUAACAUUCACAGAUGAAGCAUUAAGAGCAAUUGCCUCACAAGCCCUAGAAAAAAAAACAGGUGCUCGAGGGUUGCGAGCAAUUGUGGAAUCAAUUUUGUUGGACCCAAUGUUUGAAAUUCCUGGAUCUGAUGUAGUAAGCGUACAUGUUACUGAAGAUGCAGUCAAUGGUAAAAUGAAUCCACAUUGUAUAAGAGGCCGUCCAAUUGACGAAAGAGAAGCCAAAAUGGAUGCAAGAGCUAAAGUUGAAUAAAUUAACGAGGUUUUAAAAAAUAAUUAAUAUUUAUACUGUCAAAAAUAACUAAAGUUUGUUAAACAAUUUAUAGAAACCUUUAUUCAAGAAAUAUUUAUUUCUUAUUAA